AUGAGCGAAUGUAUUGUCGAAAUGCAUUACUGCAUUUGAACAUUCGCGUGAGAUAAAGAUACUAAAAUGUAUCAGUAGAAAGUGUAUAUACUUUAUUGUACCGGGAUACACAAUUAUUUAAUAGUAAAUGCAUUGGAGUCUUAUACAUUGUGUACUAAAAACAUGUUUUAUAACCGUCUCGUACAUCCACUCGCAUCAUCGGCGAGGUUUUUUUUCGUCUAAAUAAAAACGUGCACUGUGAUUUCACGUAACCUGCUCGUCUCAAUAUUUAAGCGCACUGUGCAAUCGAGUCACGUGCUUAGCUUCACAGAAGAAGCGGAAACAAUGGCGGAACAUGGAUCAUCAAACGCCGAAGAAAUCGACAACGAUGCCCCGGACUUGUCUAAACAACUCUCCACAAUGCUUGAGGAUGAAGGAAUUACAUAUGAAAUCGUGAUGGCAAGGCGCAUUACAUUCCUGAUGAUAGAGGCUGGUUUAACAAUGCUAGGCAAAAUAAGCAAUAUACCAAUCGAGCAUUUCUUUUUUGGGAGCCAUUCAGAAGGCUCGACAACGCUAGGGCUGCGGUCCGACAUAGACGUGUUACGUCGUAUACCAUCUAUUAAUGUCAUGAGAGGGGAUUCGAAAACAUGGAAAAAAGGAAUGCUGAAUUGUAUGAUGCUUGGUAUUGAGGAUUAUCCACAACAUUUUAAUAUGCAGGUUUUCAGAAGCGAUAAGCCCGAACCAGUGAAAGCAAAAACAACUUUUUGCAAUGGCAUGCUCAUAAGUCAUGGAAUAGAUUGCGUAAUAUUAAGCUCUGAGUUUUAUCGGAAACAUUUCGAAAUGUUUGGAAAAUAUUGGAGCGACAAUCAAUCUGCCCACAGCGAGGGACCUUCUGCUAGUUUUAAAUUAGGAAAUGGCGAUAUAGACACUGUGCACGCACUGUGCGUAUCAGUUGACAUUCUUGAACUGCAGACGUGGCUAGACAGGCCCCGAAAGGGUAAUUGGCCACCCCAAAAAUUGUUUGAGGAAGCGAAACAUUGCGUGUGGUUCCUUGUACCGGCAGGAGGGUCAGCGUGGAGAUUAUCGCCGAAUCUUAUUGAAAGAAAACUCAUGUUCAGUUUAAAUAUUACCCAGCUGAAAUGUUAUGUAUUGCUGAAACUAAUCAAGCGCGAUAUUACAACAGAAAUGGAACAAGGCGAACAAGGCAAACUUACGAGUUUUCACUGCAAAACAGUAUUGUUUUAUACACUCGAAAGAGCGCAAGAUCCCCCCUGGCAAGAAUGUAACUUAGUCUUGUUAUUGAAACUAUGUCUUCAAACGCUCCAAACAUUUCUUAAAGAUGGUGUAUGCCCUCAUUAUAUCAUUGACCGUGUUAAUCUGUUUGACGGUAAACUAAAUAGAACACAACGUCACAUAGUACAUAACAAGGUGACGGUACUCAUAGAUAACAACCUGCAGGGGUUUGUAAGUAAACUUGGAUACGCAACACGAUUGUCCACUGACCAACGUUUCAUUUCUCAUGUGUGUAUGCGCAGUAAAUUCUCAUUUGAAAGGAUACAGUGGUUCCAUAUUCUUAUGCUUGAUUUCCAUGGCUUCAUCAGUAAACCAAUCGAUGAUGUUGAGUAUCAGCUCACCACACUAAUUGACAACUGCAAAGAAAUAAUAAAUUGUCACAAAGCGAAUGUAUUUGAAAUACAAGCAGCUAGGGAAAUAUUGACAACUGUUUUGUCUUUUCGAGGCUCUAUUCAAGCGACUCCAGCUAUUCAAAGCGGCGUCACGAUUACCCAAGAUGUCAUGGACAGUUUCAAGGAAUCGGUACAAGUCGGUGAUGUCGCAAAUCAAAUCAAUAAUUUUUCAGAAAUGCUACUCUGUGGUAAUCUUGCUUCUGAAAUAAAAGAUUAUCCGAUUAAUAAACAUGCCAUUGAAAUCUUCGAAAAGGCCCUUGAGACAAAUGGAUUCUCAAGUCGACUGAAAUUAGCAUCUGUCAUGUAUUGCUCGGGCAAUUUGCAGUCGGCAAAAUUUAUUCUUGAAUAUGCAGAACGUCAUUUUCACCGGUUCACUAUGAAGAACGCAUGUCGGUGUUUCAGUAAUUACAAUCGGGACAUAGAGCACCGAUACCCGUUUGAAAAUAAACCAAAUCCUAAUAUUGAAAGCAAAAUUGCCUUAUGCAUUAUUUUUCUUUCUAAUGAGGCACCGUGCGUUCCCCCUGUGCUUUUGUAUGAAAUGACCAAAACAGGAUUUGCACCUGAUAACAUAGAAAAAAUGAGUGUAAAAAUAGAAUUGCAUGGUGAGGCUAGAUUGGAUUCUCGCGUAUUCAUGUAUUAUCUGCAAUACCUCACGUACGGGGGACUUGGCAUUCGGGAAAAACAGAACAUUGUCUUGACGAAAUUCGAAGACUACAUUUCAACGCAUAUUGAUGAUCGCCUCUUGGAUCUCCAUUUUGAUCACGGUCUUGGUCGUAACCUCGAGGUAUCCCAUAUGGCGACUGCAUUGAACCUGCUCGGCCACUGCUGGGAGAUGGAAGGGGAUCUGAGCAAAGCAUUCAGUAAAUACGCGCUAUCCCAAGAUAGAAAGCCAAACAACAACCCGGCCAACUGGCACAUUGGAAGACUUUCGGGCGAUUCACCAGAUCAAUAAAAAUAGUUGCAACCGGUUGUUAUUUAUAUGCAAUGACAUCCGGCUCACGAAUUGAUGGAAACGUUGAAUAUGACUUACUUGAAACAUAAUGUCAAAUAUUAAUAACAUUCACUUAUAUUUGUAAACUAUUUAAUAUAUUUGGAUUUAUUACAUAUAUGAACAAUCAAACUUCAAGCACACGUGUAUGAUCUAAUGGUAUAAGAAAGCCCUUAAUAUAUCGUGUGUGCAAAGAUUAUUUAUACAUAUUCGUUCUCAUUUUCAAAACCAGCAUUAUUGCUAUAAAAGCUCUAAUAGAAAGUAUUGGACAAGAACUUCAAAUUCACAGCAUGUACAAUAGUUUCACACUUGGACUCAAUGAAAAUUGUAUAUAAAUAUACAUUAUUUUUUAUGCGGUUUUACUUGCAUUAUUUUUACAUUAUCAUUCUCUUUUUCAAAAUUAGCAUUAGUUGUAAUAUUUAAUAUUGUUUUUAUGACUUUUGUACAAUUUGUUGACCCUCAGAUUCAAUAGAAACUAAAUUUAAAUCAUCAUUUGUAACGGGUUGCUGCUGUUCAGCCGUAAAAUCCAGAAGAUAAUUCGUUGAAAUAGCAAUUAGGUAUUUUACAACUCUUAAUCAUGGGCAUCAAUAAAAAUAAAUCCAAUAGAUCUAUUAGUUUGCAUUUAUAAUUGCCGUAUAAUGUUAUGAUUUAAUCAUAACCUUUUAACAAGUGUUUUUACAGUAGAUGAUUUGUAACCAAAAUGUGUCCACAAAUGUAGAAUGUAAGGAUAAAUUAGUUUGGUCCAUACUUGUUCCGUUUUUAGUUGGUCUCGUUAGCGGCCGACUAAAUUAACAGAGCAUAUUUUGCAAAUCAGUAUGUGCUUAGAAGCCUUAACUACGGUAAGAACCGCAACUCACUAUGCUAGGAGCGAUUACCGCUGCCUGUCUGCACUGCAGACGACAAAUGCUUCACUCAACUUCUGCAGUGAGUGUAUAUACCAGCUUGUAAGACGACAUUGGCAAGUCUAGUUUUUAUCAUUGAAAUAUGUACAUUUUUGCUGCUUUCAGGGAAAACGGGGCUUAAUGCAUGUCAAAUAAGAUUAGCCUGUGCACACUGAUUAGCCUGUGCAAUGAGCACAAGCUAAUCAAGGACGACAACCGCGAACAACUUCAGUGCCUUUAGCGCUUUGAUUUAAACAAUGUUCAUCUUUGUCGAUAAAUGCUUCGUACAGAAAAUAAACUGAUAAGCAAUACAAAUUUUACUCAAAACUAAUAUUUCUGCAGGUUCUAUAAAAGUAUAGACUUUAAAACAAUAGUUUCUAUACCUUAAUCUAGGCAUGAAACGGCCAGGCUAAAGUUUUACUUUAAUGGCGAAAUAAAUGGCGGUCUGACUUAGUUUUUAUUAAUUGAUACAAAUGUUUAAAUACAAUAUGCAUGUCAACUUAUUGAUUAUACAGACGUGUACUUGCAUAAAUUUAUUUGAUAAUAUUCUAUAUGGUCCACCUAAUGAUUGAUGAUUUAUAUAGGAUAUGUAUUAGUAUAUACAACGGAUUAUUAACUAAACGUGUUUGUAGUAUAUUCAUGCAUUUUUUAAAUUGGGAAAGGGCGUUUGAUUGUAUAUAUUUAUAUAAUGGUACAUGCAGUUUUUUACCUACUCAAUUGUAACAUGGUAUAUGUUUUUAACUAGAAUGUGUUACGUAAUUACACAUUGUUCGUGGCGAACACACAGUAACAAACAAAGUUCAUUUCUCUUUUCAUCGCGAUUUAUUUAUGUUGAAUAUUUUCUUAUAAAACGCUUGCUAAUGUUCAUGAAAUAAAAUUUUACAGCACGGCGGCCAAUAUGGCCGCCACGACAAGAAAACGUGACUGCUCUACUCGAUUGUCAAACUUACACUCCAUUUUAGAAAAAUGGAAAAUCAAAACUGACCAAACAGGCUGAAUACAUUUUCUGAUUGGCCAUUAUAAAUAUGUCGGUUGAUCGAUUCUCUUAUGUUCCGAUUCAAUGAAGCGAUCGGCAGGUGCUAGACAGAAAUUAUCUUAUUUGACCAUGUCAACGAAUAUAUUUGAUGUCUUUUCAAGAUAAGUAUAUUCGGAUUGUGUUUCAUAACUCAUCUUGUAUGGCAUCUUUAAGUAAAUACCUAUAGGCAGUCACGUUUUGAUUUCCACCGUGAUAACCGUGGUACAUUUUAAUGUAUACUUAAUUACGUUCUCGUAUGAUUUGGUAAAUAUUUAAAUUAAGAUUCUAUAAUUUUAUUUAAACCAUUAUUUUCUCUAUAAUUAAACAUCUAUUACAUUAUAUUAUUUAUAAUUAAAGAUCUAUAAAUAAUCUCCGAAAUUCAAGAAUCCUAUUUAUGAAAUUAUGGUCGUUAUGAUAAAAUAUUUAUUAAUAAUUGUCUACAAUUAUUAAUUUAUUAAUACCAACUACGUUACAGAUGUUUUGGCUAGCAUGACACAUAUAGUUAAAGUUCUAAUUAAUUUUUUUUUCUUUUAACUUUUUUUUUCUUAUUUAUUGUCCAUGUUUGACAUUUACAUUGACACCAGUACUAUUUGCAUACAUAAACGCAUGGGUAAUAUAACAUAGAAAUCACAAUAAUUCAGAAUUAUUGUGAUUUGUUGAACAUUAUGUUUUUAGUAAUAGUAUACAGUGCAAUCAAUCAUAUAAGUUGAUACACAUACAAGAUAUAUUGUCAGAGUUACACAGAACAUCCCACACACACAUACCUCACACAUCCAUGCAAGCACCUGCGCGCAUGCACACAAUUAACACCGUGUUUAAACGGUCUAUGAAAAAGUAACAUAAUAUUUUCAAGCAUAAUACAAUAACUCUUAAUUGUUUAUUUGCUUAUGACUUUGGUUGACGUUUUAAACAUAGAAAUACUAGAGGUUAGAGCAAUUGCACAUUUGUAUUAAAGAGGUUAUCUAAAUAAUAUUGGUUGAAAAAUAUCUAAUGAUGUGGAUCCAUUUUUAUGUCCCCCAGUCUAUACUGAGGGACAUAUUGUUUUUGCCCUGUUUGUUUGUUGGUUCGUUGGUUUGUUUGCGUCAAACUUUAACGUUGGCCAUAACUUUUGCAAUAUUGAAGAUAGCAACUUGAUAUUUGGCAUGCAUGUGUAUCUCAUGGAGCUGCACAUUUUGAGUAGUGAAAGGUCAAGGUCAUCCUUCAAUGUCAAAGGUAAAAUAUAUGGGGGGACAUAGUGUUUCACAAACACAUCUUGUUGAUAAUGUAUAUCAUGUUUGUUUUUUAUAAGGGCAAUUUAUGCUUCCGUCUGUAUUUUUAUCUUAAUACAAUUAAGAAAAAAGUUGACGUUUGGGAUGCAUUUUAUGUAAAAUAUGAAUGUUUAUAGUAAAAUUAUUAUAAAAUUCAAAACAUCGCUGUAUACUUUUUGUCGAUAAUGCCAAAAAAGGCGAUUUCUUGGUUUUUAUUUCAAUAUUCAAUUCUUUAAGAAAGUUUUGCAGGUUCGUCCAUAAUUCUUGAAUGUAAGCGCAUUCCAAAAACAAGUGGUCAAUUGUUUCAAUAUUUGAUUGGCAAAACUCGCACAAACUACACUCUUUCAGUCCGCAUUUUGUUUAACAUGUAUUUGUUGGUACUAUUCGAGAUAAGAACUUGUAUUGAAAAUUACGCAAAUAUGUAUAAACUGUUGACUUAAAUAGAAUUUUAUAUAUUAUUCCCCAGUCGUUAUUUUCGUUUAGAGUAAAUUGAAAUUGAAAUUCCAUUUCAUUUCAGUACUGUUGUCAUUAAUAUUUUGUGAUUCUUGUUGAAUACUAUCAAGUGUUUUGUUUAUUUGUUUGAUAUUCUCUAUUACAUCACAAAAAGAUUUUUUCUGGCACUAUUUAUGUAUAAAUGCGCAUGCAAUAUUGUUUUAUAGUCGUUUGGAGUCGCGGAUAAACGUGAAUAAUAAUUUAAAAAUUUGUGAUUGUAUAUUAUAUAGGAAAUGCAUUUCACUAAACGUAUAAUUUGCUGUACAAAUGCCCCAUUGUUUUUAUACCAUUGUUAUAUCAGUUCACUAAAAUAAUGGAUUUGUUAUUGAGUUUUAUAUCUUUGUUUUUCCAUAUAACAUGAUGACAUAUAGGAAUACUUCUUUGUGAACAAGUAUAUUGCUAUGCGGAAAGCAGAUCUUUCAAGAUUACAUUUUCUUUACCUACGUUUUUUAUUAUAGUUGCAUCUAAGUAACAUUCAGUUAUAUGACUGGUUCCGAAUUUUAUCAGUUUUUCCUUUUUAGGAAUUUGCUUUUGCCAUGAUUGUUUUAUUCAGGAAUCGUUUAACCCAGUCCGCUUUAAUGGCGUUUUCAAAAAAUAAUUAAUGUCUGUUUUAGGCCUCUAUUUUCAUAAGGCUGAAUUAAUCGUUUUCUUUUAAAACUGUCUGGAUUAUCAUCCCAAACAAAUUAAAAUAUAGUUGUUGUUAAUUCAUCGAAAAACUUUCAUUGAAGGAUUUGGGAGAACUGAAAAUGGAUAUAUUAAAUCUGGUAGUGCAAAAGUUUUUAUAACAGAAACCUUUUUGCAUUAAAAUGAGUUUUUGAUGUUGCCGCUAUUUUAAGAAGGCUUAACAUUCUUUAAUUGUCGGCAUAAGUUUUUUAUUAAACCUUAAGUUUAUGUUUAUUGUAAAAGUUCUUUCCUUGCGGUAUAGCCCCAUCAGAUUUCCAAAUAAAUUUAUAUUCAAUACAAUAUUAAGAUUUGGAGUUUUUCAGAGAUCCAAUUCUCAUUACUGUAGAUUUUGAUGAGUUGCGGUUUACUCCUGAUAUUUUGUGUGUUGUGAAAGGUUUCCACUAAUGCUUCAAAUGACUUUGCUGAUCAAUAAUUGAAAAUCGUGCGGAAAAAAAUUGCUUAAUUGUAUAAGCCUUUAUAUAAUUUGAUAGUAUUUCUAUACAUAUAAUAAAUUAGGGACACAAAAGUCGACAGGAAUCUUAAAAGGUAGGUUAUAUGUUAAAGAGUGUUAUAUAUUACUUUAUGCGACUUAUAAUAUAGAUAUCAACAUUGUUUUUAGUUUUGUGCCUUUUUGGUUUCGAAAACGAAAUUUGACACAAAAAUGGUGCAUCAAAGAAUAUGUUGAAUUUUUAAUAAAAAUGUAUUCUUCUUCUCUUUAUACAUUAAAGUGAUAAUACUUGUUUAAUUAAUGAAAAAGGAUUUGUUAUUAUUUGUAUUAUGUAGACAGAUGAAUAACGUUUUAAUUGGUAAAUAUAGUUUUUAAGCUUCUAUUGUAUGCAUAUGAUAUAAAUAACACAUUAAUCAAAAAAUAUAUACGAAUGAGCAUAUUAAAGAGUAAGGAUUUAAAACAUUUGUCUGUGAUAACUACCGCACGAGUUGCAUUCAUGUGUUCAGGGGCGUAGCUGGGCAUACGUAAAUACGCACGUGAGUACGCUGUUUGGAAAAAAAAUUACCAAAUUGUAAAUGUAUGUAUUGUUGCAAUUAAACGUACUAUAACUUUGUAUAACCAUAUUUAUUUACUUUGUAAACACUGUACGCUAACUUUGUAUACAUGGGCUUUUGACUUUCUUGAUCUUGAAUAAACGCCUCAUAACCUUAAUGAUAGUGUGAAUAUUUCAGAAGCUGGUGUUAGUCCUAGAUUACCGUCCCCACAAACGAAUCUUAAGUUGUUUUUCUUUUACUUAUUUUCGAUGUUUACUGAAAAAGUUUUAUUAGUUAAUGGAUGUUUGCUAACAUGAAGUCAAAAAUACAUGUAUGUUCAUCGUAUUUCAUGACAAAAGACAGAUUAUAAAGAUUUGUUCUGUUCUGGUAAACUAAUUCAUUCCAGAUUAAAUUUCGGAUUAUUGGUAGUUAUGAUGAAAUUAUGAAAUACUAUCUUGAAGAAAAACUCGACAUAAACAACACAUAUUGAAGUAUCGGGAACAUAUAAGUGUUGUCGUUUGCGCAUACAAUUAUCUUUAUGGACACGUAUGCAUUAUAUAAAUCGUACACGUAGAUGUUAAAUGUGUGCAAAGACGUAUUCAGUUACAUUGUUGUAUAUUUGUUUCAAACAAUUAUCGGAGCGGAUAUGCAAAAUUUGUGUUUUUAAUAUUAUUUAAGUUUCCAUAAU